CACGGAAAUAAAAUAAAAUUUGAGGGGCAAUUCAGUAAAUCGAUUCACUUUGGUCUUUGGGCUUCGGGCUUCACAGGGUCUGUGAGAGGUUAGGGCUCCGAUUCUGAGAGAGAGAAGCAUCAAAAUUCACGGAGGAGGACAAUGGUGUGCGAGAAGUGUGAGAAGAAGCUAUCGAAGGUCAUAGUGCCGGACAAGUGGAAAGAAGGAGCGAGCAAUACCACUGAAGGCGGUGGCCGCAAGAUCAACGAGAACAAGCUCCUCUCCAAAAAGAGCAGGUGGACUCCUUAUGGAAAUACCAAAUGCAUCAUAUGCAAGCAGCAAGUACACCAGAAUGGCAAGUACUGUCACACUUGUGCUUAUUCGAAAGGAGUCUGUGCAAUGUGUGGUAAGCAAGUACUUGACACUAAGUUAUAUAAACAAAGCAAUGUAUGAUGCGACCCAGGUAUAAGUUGGUGCUCUCUGUUAAAGUGAUAACUUUUAACACCAUUGUCUUUCUGUCAUGAUUGGCGCCUGUCAUUGAGCAACAAGUCACUCAAAUCACAAUUGCGGCUGUAAAAGUUCAAUAGAUAUGAUGUGUACUUGGUCGUAAUGCACAGCGAAUAGCUCGUUGAUAUUUUGUCGCAUUAUACUUUUAACAGCGAAUAGCUCGUUCAUUCUAUCAUUUCUGUUUCUAUGUAAAUCUAAAUUUCAAAGCGCCACUUUCUGUCUGUA